CUUGGAGAAUAAGAAAACAAAGCACGGUAGACUUUCUGAGUAGUUGUGUGUUGGAACUUGGUACUGGUACUUGGAAAGUUGGAAGGAAGGAAGGGUCUUUGUUUUGUUUUGUUAUUUUAAAAAAAGCAAAAGAAAAAAGGUUGAGUUUUAGAGGGUGAGUGGGAAGCUCAGAAAAGAAAGUGUACGACAAGAAUUAACAAGGUUUUGAGAUUUGGUAAAAUUGACAACAGAUUCAAUUGGUUUCAAUAACAACAACAACAACCAGAAGAAGAUGAAGAUCACAGUAAUGACCGCCGAUGAGAAAUUCAUCUCCUUAGAUGUCGACCCCGACGAAGCUGUCGAAAAUGUCAAGGCUUUGCUUGAAGUCGAGAGUGGGGUGGUGUUGCAGCAGCAACAAUUGAUGUACAAUGGCAGGGAGAUGAAUAACCAUGACAAACUCAGUGUACUCGGUGUUUGCGAUGGCGAUUUGAUCAUGAUGCUUUCUAAUGCUGCUCCUCCUUCUCGUCCAUCUUCAAGUGACCUUGCCCUCAGUCCUGAUGGUUCUGCUGUCAAUCCUGCUGCUUUUCAGCAGCAAGUUCGUGGAGAUUCUAAUCUGAUGGCUCAAUUGUAUCAGAGUGAUCCUGAACUUGCUCAAGCCAUAUCUGGGAAUGAUCUAAAUAGACUACAGGAGAUUUUGCGGCAACGCCAUCAUCAAAAGACAGCAUUGAGGCAAAAAGAAGAGGAGGAACUUGCUUUGCAUUAUGCAGACCCUUUCGAUGUGGAUGCACAGAGGAAGAUUGAAGCUUCCAUUCGCCAGAAAGGAAUUGACGAAAACUGGGCAGCAGCCAUUGAACACAACCCUGAAGCUUUUGCUAGAGUGGUUAUGUUGUACGUGGAUAUGGAAGUAAAUGGUGUCCCAAUAAAGGCAUUUGUUGAUAGUGGAGCCCAAUCAACUAUAAUAUCUAAACGUUGUGCAGAGCGUUGUGGACUGUUGAGGCUGUUGGAUGAACGAUACAAAGGUAUUGCUCGCGGAGUUGGUCAGAUGGAGAUACUAGGUCGGAUACAUGUAGCUCACAUCAAGAUUGGGAAGGUGUUUUACCCUUGUUCAUUUACAGUCCUUGACUCAGACAACAUGGAAUUUCUCUUUGGUUUGGAUAUGCUUCGUAAACAUCAGUGCAUAAUUGAUUUGAAGGAGAAUGCAUUAAAAGUUGGUGGAGGAGAGGUUUCCGUGCCAUUUUUACCUGAAAAGGAUAUUCCUUCUCAUUUUCUGGAUGAAGAGAGCUUUGCCAAGCAGGCUUCUAGUUCAGGGGCUCCGGUUUCUUCAGGAAGCAAAGACACUAGAGAUAUUCCAAGCGCUCCAAUCGGAAGUCAAUCUUCCGGAGCUGCUGGUGGGAAUCCUGCUCAGGGUCCUGAUUUCGAAGCCAAAGUCGCAAAGCUUGUUGAGCUAGGAUUUCCAAGGAAUGAUGUUAUACAAGCUCUCCAGCUUUUCAAUGGCAAUGAAGAGCAAGCAGCCGGAUUUCUUUUUGGAGGCUGAGAAGAAUUUAAUUCUUAAAUCAAUACAAAAUUGUGGUAUCUAAGACAAUAGAAAAUAUACUCUUGGUAUUAUUGUUCAAAACAUUUUGCAAAUCAAUUGAGUACGAUUCAUAUUUUGUAUAAUUUAUAAUAGUUUUGUUUUAUCAUUAAACGAUAACCGUCUUGUAAUGGGUGGGGGAUGAAGAAAAACAAAAUGAUGAAAUGAAACAUAUAUCCAAGCAUUUUGCCCA